AUGGACGCCAUCACCCGUGGCGCCGGCGCGGAGUUGGCGGCGAGGCUGUGGGAGGAUGUUCCGGUGCGGGUGGACUGGGCGGCCGUGGCUGCGCAAUGCGCUUACGUGUGGGCGCAGGCCAGGGCGUUCGUGGUGGUGCCGGCGAUCCGGCUGCUGGUGUUCCUGUCGCUGGCCAUGACGGUGAUGAUCUUCCUCGAGAAGCUCUUCGUCGCCGCCGUGUAUUUCACGGUGAAAGCCUUCGGGAUGAAGCCCGAGCGGCGGUACCGGUGGCGGCCGAUCGGCGCCGCGGUCGACGGCACCGGCGAGGACGAGGAGGCUCUUCUUGGCGGCGUCGGGAGCGCGGCGUUCCCGGUGGUGCUUGUGCAGAUCCCCAUGUACAACGAGCGGGAGGUGUACAAGCUGUCGAUCGGUGCGGCGUGUGCGCUGGAGUGGCCGUCGGAGCGGCUGGUGAUACAGGUGCUGGACGACUCCACUGACCCCGUUGUAAAGGACUUGGUGGAGAUAGAGUGCAGUAGAUGGAAGGGCAAAGGCGUGAACAUCAAGUACGAGGUCAGAGGGAACCGGAAGGGGUACAAAGCAGGCGCGCUCAAGGAAGGGCUGAAGCACAGCUACGUGCAGGAAUGCGAGUACAUUGCCAUGUUCGACGCCGACUUCCAACCAGAGUCCGACUUCCUCCUGAGGACUGUCCCGUUCCUCGUGCACAACCCGGACAUCGCCCUGGUUCAGACUCGCUGGAAAUUCGUUAAUUCUGACGAGUGUUUGCUGACAAGAUUCCAAGAAAUGUCACUGGACUACCAUUUCAAGUUCGAGCAAGAGGCUGGUUCUGUAAUAUACUCAUUUUUCGGCUUCAACGGGACCGCCGGUGUCUGGAGGAUUUCGGCGAUCGACGAUGCUGGGGGGUGGAAGGACCGGACCACUGUGGAGGACAUGGACCUGGCUGUUCGCACAACACUGCAGGGCUGGAAAUUCGUGUAUGUCGGUGACGUAAAAGUCAGGAGUGAGCUGCCAAGCACAUUCAAGGCAUACCGAUUUCAGCAGCACAGAUGGUCAUGCGGACCGGCAAACCUAUUCAAGAAAAUGAUGGUAGAGAUUUUGGAAAACAAGAAAGUGUCAUUUUUGAGCAAAAUCCACCUGCUGUAUGACUUCUUCUUUGUUGGCAAGAUUGCUGCUCACACAGUAACUUUCAUCUACUAUUGCUUUGCCAUCCCGGUGUCCGUUUUCUUCCCUGAGAUUCAAAUACCUCUCUGGGGUAUGGUCUAUGUUCCAACUGUUAUCACCAUCUGCAAGGCCCUGGGAUCACCAAGUUCAUUUCACCUGGUGAUUCUCUGGGUCCUCUUUGAGAAUGUGAUGUCGUUGCAUCGGAUAAAAGCAGCCACAACUGGUCUUCUAGACGCUGGACGAGUCAAUGAGUGGGUAGUCACCGAGAAAUUGGGAGACGCCAACAAGACAAAGUCAGCCACCGAUGGAUUAGAUGCUGUAAAAGUUAUAGAUGUCGACCUAACAACGCCCCUGGUACCUAAGCUCAAGAAGUGGCGAAUUAGAUUCUGGGACAAGUACAACUGCUCAGAAAUUUUUGUUGGAACCUUCAUAAUCAUAUGUGGUUGCUACGAUGUGCUUUAUGCGAAGAAGGGAUACUACAUCUACCUCUUUGUUCAAGGCCUAGCAUUCCUCGUCGUGGGUUUUGAGUAUAUUGGCACACGCCCUCCCAGCACUGAAUAAGCUGUCAUUAAUGGAGCUGAUAGCGUGGUUAUGAUAGACUGCGUGCAAGUAAAGCCCCUCUCCUGCACAUAUCAACCUCAGAUUACAUAAUGAUAUACAGGGAGAACUCUUCCUCAGUCUUGGUCAGAUUUGAUCCGACCAAUUUUUACUGCCUAGAAGGCUACUCAAAUAGCAUCCCCAUUCAUUUGAAAAUAACAGCAUUCCAUUGAGAAUUUGAGAUCCUCUAGGGAUACAUUCCACAUCGGAAGAAUAACAGCAGACGUAGAUGAAAUAACAUCCUUUGCCAAUUACUGUAGAUUCUCCAAAAUUAGCCUACCCGUGUAUGCCAAUGUACUGAUAUAGCUUGUUCAGACAUGUACAAGAGGAUCAUCAGCACCUAGAGUCUAAUCCUGUGUAGUAGGCUAAGAUCUGUAAAUGUAAAGUGUUACUGAACACCAAUAUAAUUCUGUCAAAUUCAGACAGAAAUUAAAUGCAUAAUAUAGCAUAAAGCUC